AUGAGUAAACAAAAUGGAAAAGCUUCGUGGGAUAUAAGAGCCACAAAAGUCUUUAUUAACCUAUGCAUUGAAGAAGUUGAGAAAGGGGGAAGAAAAGGAACUAGCUUGACCAAGCCUGCUUGGUCAAGUCUUGAGGACAACUUCACCGCAAAGACUGGGAGAGCUUAUACAAAAAUCCAAUUAAAGAACAAAUUUGACUCUCUGCGAAAGGAGUGGCAGUUAUGGGAUAGGCUGCUCCGUGAGACAGGUUUGGGGUGGGAUGCGGAAAGGAAUACAGUUAGUGCCCCUGAUGAUUGGUGGAAGAGGAAAAUAGUGGUAAUCAUUUAA